GAUAUAUUUAUGUAAUUAUUUAUUUUAUUAACGCCUCCAAACAUUUAAAACGAUAUAUAUUUUCAGUAUGAUUUUUAAGGAUAGCUUAUUAUCAGAAAAUGAAUUACAACAAUACAGUACAGCAGUUUAAAACGAGAGGAUAUUAAAAUUGUAAAAAUAGCUUUGCAGCUAAUUUUUAGGUUCAGAAGCGCUAGAAAAUGAUACUAUUUUUGGAACUGAGACAAAUACAUAAUAGUAUAGUAGUAAUUUUAAAUCUAACGUAAAAAUGAAGAAAAACUCGAUUAUGCGCUACUUAAAAGCCACUUGUAUAAAAGUAAUUUGUUUUCUUUCUACUUAAAAAUUUUGCAAUAAUUAGAAAUUCAUCAGUAUUAGUUGUUCUGCGUCCUUGUAUUUUAUAUUAUUUAUUUUAUAGGUACUACGACGUAGAAAGACAUGAUAAACUGAACAAUACGUUUCCAAAAUUAUAGUCAUAUUCUGCCAUUUUCACAGUGGUGAUAUUUGUGGGAUCUCAAACGGUGGUUCGUGAACACAACGUAAAAUUAACAUUUUUUUUAGUCUGAUAUACCUGGCCAAUCGACGCAACAAUAAUAAAAGUGUAUAUUGUGGUCGUUGGGGGUAUGCGCGCAUGAUAAAAAUAGGCGACACUAAAAUAUUCGUCCCGCGCCACGCUCUGCGACCGUGGCCGCAGUGAUUUUUGUCAACAAUAAAACGAAAAAUAAAGACGCGACCGCGCAAAAUAAACUAACUGUGCUCCUACAAAAAAUCAAUUUUAUGAAAUCGUAAACCUUAUAAAUCUGUGUGUCCUAAUCUAAUAGAUCGAGUACAAUAGUUUCCUUUCGUGGUUUCAUCAUUGAUUCUUCGUUCAUAGUGAAGCAAAUAAUUGGACCAAGAUGAAUUUAAUGUUCAGAAAAAACUUUCGUGACCAAAAAGCGUCCGGGGGAAAAACCGGUAUUAUGAAAACUUCUUCAAAUCGGCACGCCAGUAAGAGAUCAAACAGGGACCAAGGAUACACUCCUAUAGAAGAUCAAUACUUUAGGACCCAUUUGUUUUUUAAUUUACCUCGAAGUGAUAGGUCCAUUCACAAUUUAAAUGAAUUAGAAGAACCUCGCUGUGGACCAAUGACGGGAGCAUCACUACAAAACAUAUCUCCACCAAUUUCCGAGCCCGAUUUUCCACAGCCCCUAAUUGAUAGAAACACAGAUGCUUUAUUAAAAUGGCCAUCCACCCCAACAAAAACAACGCCUACGAGGCAGGUGAGCUUCAGCUCUGGAAAAGAAGAAACUUCCAGAACAUUGUCUCAAUUGGAUAGAGACUGUUUUAUUAUACCGGUUCAUAGUCUGGACAGGUUUCUACCGGCCGGUGUACCUUUACCAAGGUCCUCCCCAUCUAGUUCUUUGGACAGGAAAAAUCAAAGUGGACUUAAUGUUAUGGAGGUACCCGAUCCAAAACUAUGUAUUUUAUGUCAUUUAAUGAGUCCAUUAGAACCAGUGGAUCCCUUGCUAGAAUCACCAUUGACCCAGCCCAUUUUAAGGCAACGAAUAGCAGCUGGAGAACUUCUUUCUGACAUUGCCCAAGCAAAAACUGCCGUUACAGGAAUGCUUCUAGCCAACAUGGAAAGAAACGCUGAUUUUCCUUUUAUAUCGUAUUACAUCGUUAACACAAGCCAAACAAAUCCAGCCCGAUUUUACAAUGAUUUGCGCACUUCCAGCUUAAAAAAAUUCGAUCCACGGACGACAAAGUAUACGUCGGCACACACUUUGGAUCUUUACACCGAAGUGGCAUCAAUAUGUCGACCUCCUAUUAACGAACCGGGUACAUCUUUAACUCGGUGUCAAGGAAAGAGCACAGGGUACAUCGUGUCCGUCUAUAAGGUGUUUGAAGGCGACGACCGAGAAAUUUUUGAAAGAAAUUGGCUCUAUUGGACUGGAGCGCGUAUGAUCUAUAGAUAUUUACCUCGUAGUGCUGGCCUCAAGCGUAUUGUUUUACACAAAAGUAUUAGUCCAAAAGGUGAUAAAAUGUACUUGUUGAUAUGCGAAUGUUCAAAUUUGCUAUCGGACUUGACUGUGUGUGCAGUUCUGCUACCAGCCUUAAGGGCCCGACUUACUGGCUAUACGGGACUUUACCGUCCUAUUCAGACGUUUUAAACCAAUGAAUAUUUUUAUAUUCCACUAAAAUAUUGAGAUAUGGUUGUGCAUUUUAUCGAGCUUAUUGUAUGUAUAGUACCAACGUAUACAAGGCCUGCCAAGGUAGUGAAGCAAAAAAAACCCGCCUCGCACUUCGCUUUGAUUUUUAGCAAUUUAUAAAAUUGAAAUGCAGAAUUUUAAAAACAUUCUCGUGUGGAUAUUAUCCACAAGAUAAUUUUUCUAGUGGGCAGUACUACCUAUAGUUUUAUGCCCUUCUGCAGACAUAAAAGUUCGUAUGCAGCUAUUUUAACUUCAAUUUUAGGUAAUUAAAUGAAAAAGCAAUAAUUUAGAUAGAUAUUUUUGUGUAUAUUUAUAAUUACCAGUUGUAGUCAAAUUUUAAGUUGUAUACCUCCAUAUAAAUACCUAUUUUUAUAAGUGCAAAUGACUCAUAGUGUAAGCAUUUUUUUACUGACACAUUGUAUAAUGUUAACAGUUCUAACAUUUACUGUUAUGUCUCAAUGCGCACUUCUGUACCCGACAAAAUAAAAUGUAUAAAAAUUUCUUUUAAACACAAUCAUAUACCUAUUAUACUACUUCUUAAAUUUGAAAUAAACGGUUAAAGCGUAAUAAUUGAUAAAUUAUUUAUUAAUUAUACGGGCUUGUUAGCAAAUGUAUAAUUUACUACAAUUUAAUAUCGUUGAAGAUAAGCAAUACUUUUAAAUUAGAAACACGAAACUGGAAGAUCAAAAAUAAACUUCAAGGUACUUAGGGCACUAAUCUCAGCAAAAAUAUAUGGGAUGGAUAUAACGCGCAUUUCCCGCUAAAAUGCUUAAACUUAAGAAGCAUUCAUCAGAUAAAAGUAUGCGUAGAUACAAUUAGUGCAGCAGCUUAUACAAUAAUCUACAAACCAUAAAUUUCGCACAUAUCUUAGAUACCGAUAGCAGAACAAUACUGAGGAAACUAGAUUAAAUUGUCAAAAAAAUCGAUGAAAAGUACUUCAUAGCAGAUGGAAAAAGAAAAGCUCUUGCGUCUACCCAUAACAUCGUGUAUAACAAUAUUAGUGUUAGAAUCUCAACAAUGCGAGGACUAUCUUAAAUUUUAAAUUAAGUUUACAUUUCAUUAGUUAAUGCCCAGUGCAAUUUGUCAAGUAGAAAAUUUCUCAGGAUCAGAGUAUACAAUGACUUGUGUCUCGAACGAAAAAGCCAGAUAUAUGCUUGGUCUGAAAUGAUCAAUUCUCCACAAAGACUUGUUAUUCCACACAUACAAGGAGCGAAGUUACUUUUCUAUCACAUAAGUCAUUCGUUAAGUUGAAAGUCUCUUGUUUGUGUGAAUAGUAGUAAAUCUUUUCAAAAAACUUGAUAACUGUUGACAAUUUUAAAUUAAGGUCGGUAUGAAUUUAUCUGCCUAUUUAUACAUGGCAUUCAUUAGUUUUUAUAUAAUAUUGCACACCAAUACUGCUUUUAUAUCGAUACUCAUUGGCUCACCAUUAUAUAUUGUAUUAAUUCACAUUUGUCAUAACGAUUAAGACGAUAAUAACGAUUUAAUUUUAUUGGCCAUCUAUUUACUUUCAUUUUUAUACCAUCAUUACAACAUAAGCUAAAAUAAGCUUCUUUUGUUUUGUUAAACCUCCUUGUAAUAGGUGAAAAUUUUUAAACAAGUAUACUGAAAAAUAAAAAUAAAUGAGAGCAGCAAUCAUCAAAUUAUGUGUAUUUUUUAUUUUUAUUACAAACUAAUAACACA